CUUCAGACGUGGUUGACGUACGUACGUUCUACGUCAUCACCGCCGGUGCACUUCCUCCAUCCGGGUAGAAGAUUUGUUGUUGCAGGUGUCUCUGAUCCAGUUGUGGGAUCUCAUCACUCGGAAGUUCGCCAUGAUGCUCAGUGGCCGUGGGCUCAGUGUGCGUGUGUUGGUGCAGAUGUUGUGUGCACAGCUGCUGUGGGGCCGUGUGUGGGGCUCCGAGCUCACGUUCGAGCUGCCAGAUAACGCCAAGCAAUGUUUCUACGAGGAUAUCACCAUCGGGACGAAGUGCACUUUGGAGUUCCAGGUUGUCACCGGGGGCCACUACGAUGUUGACUGUCGUCUCGAGGAUCCGGAUGGUACAGUUCUGUACAAAGAAAUGAAGAAGCAGUAUGACAGUUUCACGUUUACUGUUGCAAAAAAUGGAACGUACAAGUUCUGCUUCAGCAAUGAAUUCUCCACCUUCACACACAAGACUGUCUACUUUGACUUUCAAGUCGGUGAUGAUCCUCCACUCUUCCCCAACGAAAACCGAGUGACUGCACUAACUCAGAUGGAAUCUGCAUGCGUCUCUAUCCAUGAAGCCUUGAAGCCUGUGAUUGAUUACCAGACCCAUUUCCGGCUGAGGGAGGCACAGGGACGCAGCAGAGCAGAGGACCUGAACACCAGGGUGGCCUUCUGGUCCAUCGGUGAGGCAUUUAUCCUCCUGGUGGUCAGUAUCAGCCAGGUCGUCCUGCUCAGGAGCUUCUUUUCAGAUAAGAAAACCACAACAACCCGUGUUGGAUCCUAACAUCUCCAAGUCAUUGUUAUUUUUGAUUUCUCUGUCUCGUGUGCAUGCACACACACACACAAGGGACUAAAGGCUGCUGCCAUGGUUCAUUCUCCAAUUUUAGAACUACAUGCAUAAUGUUUAUUUAAAGACGUAUCUGUUUUGGCUUUACAUCUUUCAAGCUUCUGUAUGGAUUAACCUUUCUAACCAACAAACCGUAUUUUCAGUGGUAAGAAGUAAACCUCUUAAUUUAUUGCAUGGGUGUGUGUUUAAUUUUUACACUGCUUUCUUUAAUUUGUGAAGGGAGGAGCUACUCAACACACGCUUAGCUCUGCAGAUCUAAAGUUAAAUAAAAGAUUUCAAGUUAAAAGAUAAAAUGAACUCAUAACUCUUGUGGUGCUUAGAGAUCAGCCGUAAGACUGGAGUAUUAAAUAAGCAUCAUAAAACACUUUCAGAAACAUGUCCGAAGCACAUUGGGAUAACAUUUACUCAAGGUGGAGUUCACUUUAAUUUUUUCACUUUAGUAUACUUUGCAUCCAGUUGCAAGUGUUUAAGUUUUUGGAGAGGGGUUGGAUUUUUUUUGUUUUUUAAAUUACCUGAAGCUAUUUUUGGUCUGCCAUCUGCUUGCUGCUGCUCUCCUGUUACAUUCUAAAAAGUUGUUUAUUUUGAAUGGCUCUAUUUUUGUCACACAAUUAGCAGGUCUUAAAAUUCAUAAACAUCACAUUAAAGUUCAAAGAUAAAAUUAAUAAACACUUAUUAAAUGAUAGAAUGUAGAAGCAUGAUUUAGAAAGCAGCCAUAAAAAAAAAAACUAGCCCUUCACUGAUUUCUGUAAAAAAUGAAAACAUAAUGGUGGUCAUUGAUUUCUGUUUGCUCACAGUUGAAAUUCAACAGGUGACUAUAAACUCCAGACACUCCAGAUGGUUUGGCAUUAUGUUUGAGCAGAACGGUAUAAGUUUUUUGAUUGUGUAAAUACACAGCAUCGAAGGUGAGGGUAGUCAAGUGUGUUGGGAGCACCGAACGCUUGAAAAUGACUGAAUGAGCGCAGAAAUUCCACCCCUGCAGCUGGAGAGCUUGAUUUGUAAGACAGAUUAAUAAUUAAUCCAAUAAAAAUAGAGCUGCAUACAUCAAAUGAUUUUUGUCAAGUGCAUCUAUCAAUCCAUUGGGUCAACAAACAAAAAGCACCAGAUGUUUGAAGAAAUGACAGCCGUGUUUCGCUUGUUUGGAAGCAUGUACAUUUGAUGUACUUACUACCUGGAUAUUUUGUGGUGAAAAAUAUAGUUUGCAAUGAUUGAAUACAAAUGAUUUCCACCAGUAGUCGUGUGGGUUUAAGUAGCAGGUUUGAAUUUGUCGAUAUGGUCGUGUUAAGCAUCAUGUCUGCAGUUGCUUUUUUUAUUAAACUGGCUUUACAGGAACUAUCUCGUGGGUUUUCUUUCUUUUUCACUGUACGUUUGUUUUUCUUCAAUAAUCAAAUUACAGAUUUGUCCAGAGUUUUAAAAAUACCCUUGUAUGUUUUAUCACACCCAGAAGGGAAAAAAGUGAAAUCUGGUGUACACUAUCAAUAAAUCUGUGAAACUGUG